AUGGAGAAAAUAGGAGGAAUAAGUAGUGGAGGUUCGGGAUCAUCAGGAGAAGCAGAGGUGCGAAAAGGACCGUGGACGAUGGAAGAAGAUCUUAUUCUUAUCAACUAUAUCGCCAACCACGGCGAUGGCGUUUGGAACACUCUCGCCAAAUCUGCAGGUCUAAAACGCACCGGAAAAAGUUGCCGGCUCCGGUGGCUCAACUAUCUCCGCCCUGACGUACGACGUGGAAACAUCACGCCGGAGGAGCAACUUACCAUCAUGGAACUUCAUGCUAAGUGGGGAAACAGGUGGUCGAAAAUCGCUAAACAUCUUCCAGGAAGAACCGACAACGAGAUCAAGAAUUUCUGGAGGACAAGAAUCCAAAAAUACAUCAAACAAACCGAUGUGACAGCAACAACAACAACAUCUUCCAUUGGAUCUCAUCACAGCUCAGAAAUCAAUGAUCAAGUUGCAAGUACAUCGAACCAUAAUGUCUUUUGCACACAAGAUCAAGCGAUGGAGACAUAUUCUCCUACAACUACGUCGUAUCAACAUACCAAUAUGAAUUUCAGUUAUGGUAAUUACUCGGCGGCUGCGGCUACUGCGACAGUGACAGCGACUGCGACCACAGAUUAUUCGAUUCCAAUGACCGUCGAUGAUCAAACCGGUGAAAACUAUUGGGGCAUAGAUGAUAUUUGGUCAUCAAUGCAUUUACUAAAUGGUAAUUGA